AUGUUAAGUUUUUUCCUAAAUCAGUGGAAGAAAAUUACCUCGGACUGUUAUGUGCUGUCAAUAAUUCGAGGGGGAUUAACACUUCAGUUCAAGAACCCACCUCCUCUGUCUGCAGUUCCAAUAAGUUUGUCUCAUACUCAAGACCCAGUCAAGUGGCAACUUCUAUCAGUAGAAGUGGACACUAUGUUACAAAAAGCUGCAAUAGAGGAGGUGUCGAUCUUAACUCUGUCUCCGGGAUUUUAUUCCCGUCUUUUUCUGGUUCCAAAGAAGACUGGAGGAAUGAGGCCAUCUAUUCUGAACAAAUUUCUUAUUGUUCCCCACUUCAAAAUGGAAACAAACAGAUCCAUCAGGGCUUCAAUCUUUCCAGGAAUGUGGACUACUUCUCUGGAUCUUUCAGACGCGUAUUUCCACAUUCCCAUUUCCAAAACUUACAGGAAAUACCUUCGCUUCGUUUGGAACAACAAAGUUUUCCAGUUCAAGGCUCUCCCUUUUGGCCUGUCUACAGCCCCUUUGGCUUUUACCAAAAUCAUGCAGGCAGCUAUAGCUCACCUACAUUCCCUGUCUAUUCAGAUUCAUUCCUAUCUGGACGAUUCCCUUCUCAAGGAAUUUUGCCCAAUCAAAUUGAGGGUUCAGACAGAUUUGGUCAUCAAUUGUUUUCUGUCCCUAGGCUUCCUUAUCUCUUGGAAAAAGUCAGAGAUAAUUCUGUCUCAAGACUUUGUUUUCCUGGGAGAACAUUUCCUAACCAGUGUAGGUCUAGUCCUCCCACCAGAGGAGAAAUUUACAAAACUAUGUCAGAAAAUACAUUUAUUCCUGACGGUUCAAUCAGUCACAGCACGUCAAUUCUUGCAACUUCUGGGUCUAUUGAACUCUCUGGCAGAUGUAAUUCCAUUGGGACGACUUCACAUUCGUCCGCUUCAGUUUUAUCUGCACAAGUUAUGGAUUGCAGCUUCACAAGAAUGGGAAGCAUUGAUUCCAAUCACUCAGCCUUUAUUUCCACACCUUCAAUAG